AUGAACGUGCACUGGAAGUCGCGCGGCGGUGUGCCGGCGUCGGUCGGCAUCAUCAACGCCGUUGAGUUCGACCCCGACGUGGAGCUGCUGUGGGUCAGCGACAGCUUCGGCCGCCUGAUGAGCUUCACCACGCAGAGCCAGACCAGCACGCUCACGUGGGCGGUGUACUCGUCAUUCUCCGCGUCGUCGCGGCCCAUCGGCGGCAUCUUCUUCCUCUCGGCCGGCGGCGAGAAGAUCGCGACGGUGGCGGACCACAACAUCAUCCGCGGCUACAAGCGCGGCGGGGCGCCGUACCUCGCGUGCCCGCUGCCGCCGCAGUCGCAGGACUACAUCGACCUCUUCCAGGCGCACGGCGACACCGGUGUGGUGAGCUUCACCGGUAACGUCGGCCUGACACGCUUGUCGAUCGACGGCGGGGGCGUCGGAAACGGCAUCACGGUGCCGGUCGGCGAGUCGAAGGUGGUCGCGCUGCACCAGACGGAGAGGUGGAUCGUCACCGGCAGCACGUCGGGCGCCAUCGUCGUGCGUGACAUCAAUGACCUGCAGGUGGUCGACAUGGUGCAGCCGUCGCGCCACCGCGUCCUUGCGAUGGACGCGUACGACAACACCGUCGUGGCCGCUGUGGCGGAGCGUUCGAUGGCCAGCAGUGUGCGACUUUACGACGUGCGCAAGAUAGGGGAGCCGGUUAUUGUCAUUGGCGGAAUUCCCACUGACAGCAUCUCGCAGGUGCGCCGCUACCGGGACUCCUUUGGCGUCUCGGCAGACCGUGCGUUUGUGGCGACGCCACACGGCUACCACAUCGUGCAGAUGGAUCAGACGGCCCCAGUCUUCAGCUCCAACGCCAUGACGGAGGGCGCCUGCACUGCCGUCGCCGUCUCACCGAACGGUAUGUGCGCUGCCAUCGGGACUGACAAGGGCUACUUCUUCGCCCUUGCCCACCCGGCGACGCGUGAGGAUUACGUCAUGUCACACUACGUGGCGCCACAGCGGCCGGUGAAUCCUGUCUUCACACAAAGUUGGGCGGAGAAGAAGGAGGGCGACACGUUCGCCGACUUUGACGAGACCAUGCCACCAGAGGAGUUGGCGUCCAACUGGCCGCCAGACGAUUACAUGAUCCUCUCUGUCUCUCCACCUACACGGUGCCUCAAUGUGGAGUCACGCACAAUCCUGCACAACCGUUGGGGCUUCCUGCGCUCCGAUUCGUACCUGCCAGACCCGAAGGACAAACUCUCAUUGUACCUGCCGAACCCUUUCCCGUACAACCUCAAGCUUGGCAAUGACCCCGCGGCGGUGCAGCGACGUUUGCUAGAGAUGAAGAAAGAUCAGAAACGGCAGCAUUUUGCCUUCCGCGCCGGUGCGACGGGGGAGUGUGCACCGCUUGAACCAGCUAAUCAAGUUUGUUACAGUUCAUACCAUCGGUUUGAUUGGAAGAGCUACAAUGAGAUACCGCGCGAGGUUGUUGGGCUCGAUAACAGCUUCCCGGAGUGCUGGAUCACUACAUUGCUGCAAUCGCUCUACCUUUGUCAUCCACCAGAGUUCCCUGUUCGCAAGGUCAUUCUCCGCCAUCUGUGCACGAGACAGUACUGCAUCGCAUGUGAGACAUCUUUUGUAUUUGCAAAUAUGAUGAUGACGUCUGUGGCGGGGCUCAAUCCUAUUGUGCAGGUCGCCAACUUGAUUCGCACCAUGCACAAGGUGCAUUCCACUGCCCCGCUGUUCGAACCCAUCAAAUCCCGCGACGACGCAGUGAAGCGAAUUCACACUGCGCAGCUGACAUUCCUUGAGGCCCUCCACCGCGGGCUACAGGACGAGAAAGCGUACCCGUUCAUGGACUACAAGCCACCAUGCGCCGACUUUGAGAACUCCAUUGCUUACCUAUUCGGCACCGAGUUCACGUCAGGCGGAAAGGUGCAUGUAGAGCCGCAGUUCUAUUGGGAUGUUCCUUCUUCUGCACUCAAGGUAAAUGAGGGACUGCAGCACCUCCUCAAGCAGCUCGAGGCAUACAAGGACCAUGUGCAGAUAAAACGAUUGCCGCCCAUCAUUGUACUGCGACUGAACCCAGAGGGUGGUACACUUAAACCGCCGCGCUGCCUGCGCAUCUCACGUGAUUCAAAGGAUGACUCCAACUAUGUUCUGUGCAGUAACAUCAUUCACCUCUCCGAUGAUGCAGACGACCCGGGAAGUUUUGUAAGCCACCAUCGCAUUGUCGAGGAUCGCUUCAGUCUUGUAAACGACUACCGUGUGACGGCACCAAUGGAAGAACAGGAGCUAGAGGCGUUAAUGCCCGCCCUGCGUUCACACCGGGCAGUGGUGACCUACUACGCACUUGACAAGUUGGCGGCGCCGCCCUACAGUUCACUUGACGGCAACCGUCCGCCUAACAUGUUUGAUGUGCUGGGACCUCUCCUGAUCAAUGAUGUUUUUGCGAAGCCACUGCAACGCAAACCCUUCACAAAGCUGUUUAAGUCUCCACUGGAUUCGCACUUCGACAUAAAACCGAAGGAUCUGGUCGCACUGGAUGCUGAGUACGUGAUGCUGGACUGGGGCAACAAGUCCUCCAAUACGGAGGUGUUCGGGCAGCCACCGCGGAAGCCGCACAUGGCACUGGCGCGGCUGAGUUGUGUACUGAGCAGCACUCCCGGGGAUGAACGCACCAUCGUGGACGACUACGUACACACACCCGAGAACAUUGAGGACUACGUGACUCAGUACAGUGGCAUCCACCCCGGCGACUUGGACCCGCUCAAGUCCACCAAGUCCCUGACAGGUCUCAAGGCAACGUACUUGAAACUGCGGGCGCUGGUCGACCGGUCGGUGGUGUUCGUCGGCCACGGCCUGCACCAAGACUUCCGCGUGUGCAAUAUUGCCGUCCCUGCUGAGCAGAUGAUUGACACCCUCAUGCUGUUUCACAAGCCAGGCGGCAGGUACCUCUCGCUACGCUUCCUCGCUUAUCAUGUGCUUGGUGAACGGGUACAAGAGGACGAACACGACUCCGUAGAGGAUGCACGCACCUCUUUGCGCCUCUACCGUAAGUAUCAGCAGCUGCUUAUUGAGGGGACGUUUGAUAGUGUCCUCGAUCAGCUUCUGGCGACUGGUGCAGAGACGAGUUGGUAUGUUCCAGAGGGCCGAGAUGCGUUCAGCACACCACCAGUCGCUUCUGCAUGCACGACAGGCUCGCCGCUCUUCCCCGAGGGUUGCUCCCCAACCACAGCAACCGCAACAACGGAGAAUGGCGAGGGAGAUGGACUCAGGUCCACCUUGUGA